GCAGGCGGCUGGUCGAUCAUACAAUACACGGUAGUCGGUAACUUUGUGGUUGUAUCGGUAGCGUUGUUGAUGUGCUACGAAGGAGAUAUUUUUAGACGGAAAUCGAUACAACAUUAUACAUUUUGGUGUGGAGAUCUAUGUCAUAAGACUUCUUAAUAAUGUCAUCAAUGGUUAGAGCUAAACUUUUCAUUGUUGGGAGAGACGGCAACGGAAAAACUUCAACAUGUAGAUCAAUUUUGUCGAAACAAACUCGCGACCAACUAGAUAAGUUUAUUUACAUUAACGAUACACUGGCGAUUGGUAUUGGUACAAGAAAGUCUGAAAACUUUGAGGUAACAGCCAUUGAUGGGAAAUGUGUUGGGGACACAGAACCAGAUCUGCCAAGCACAUCCUUACUUGUAGCUGCCAUAAGAAAAGCUAUCCCACCUGAGGGUAUCACAGCAUUUGUGUUUGUUAUGAAAUACGGCACUAGAUAUACUAAACAAGAGAAGGACGCUGUUGAUAAAAUUAAACGUUUAUUCGGCGAAGAUGUCUUCAGAAAGUGGGGAGUUUUAGUUUUUACCCAUGGGGAUAAUUUUGAUCUUGAUCAUGAGGAUGAAAAAAUGGAUUUUGAUGCCUGGUGUAAGGAACAACAAGGAGAUAUUGCGUCACUGUUUGUUGAAUGUGGCCACAGGUAUGUGUUGUUCAAUAACAAAUCACAAGAUAAACAGGGCAUGGUGCUGAAACUGAUGGGAAAAGUUAAAUUGUUACGAGAUGGUCCCUACUUUGGAGGUGGAUUGUGUAGCAAAUCUUAUACCACAUCGGUGGUUGAGUUUUUACGGAAGCAUAGUGUAUUGUGCGCCUCAUCAAUAAGCUUACUAGCUCUGUCUUUACCAUUACGUAAUACCAUAUGGCGGUAUGCUAAGGCAGCAAACACAAAAACUAUUCUGGCUGUUUUCGUCAUCAAUGCAAUGUUUUUAUGGCCGGCUAGAAGUUCAAUUCUUAAAAUGUCUUCAACCACUGAUAAACAUCUAGCUAAAUCUACAAGUGUUAUCGAGGACAGUGAUAAAGAAGAUAACUCUAAUAAUGAUCAUAAAGAAUACAUCAGAUGUUUACUAAAUAAACACAAAAGGACUAUCAUUGUUGUGGGUAUAGGGGUUAUAGUCGCUUACAGCUGUAUUAAAGGUAAUUGGUUCAGAUCAAGGUUGCCCUAACAAUGACCAAUUUAAACAUUUUUAAAAAUAAUUCAUUUAAAUGUCGGUCUAUUGUAUUGUUUUUAAACUAAGUUGUAACUCAAGAGACACAUUAAUCUAAUGUUAAGUGAAUUUUCUUCUACAUGUCAUAUGCAAUAAAUAGUCGCUUUUUAAAAAAAUCUAGGUAGGACGGUGAAGUAUUAUUAUAAUAAGUAAUUUUCUUGUUUGCUAUACUGUAUGUAAAUGACAGAGUUUUAUCAUAAUAAAGAAUAACAUAUUUUCGUUACUGAAAAUGGUAGUCGACGUUCUAGUUCACUACACUUGUACAGUUGAAAAAAUAGCCAUACAAUGUGCUCAAACCACAUACAUAGCAUAGAGAUAAUAGUCAUACAUUUACUUCUUAUUCUAAAAGAUUUUUUACAAUGCAUGGUUUAUCCUUGUAAUUGUUAAUGUUAAGAUUUUGUAUUACCUAAUGUUCGAUUUUUUUCUCAUAUUAAAAUAAUUCAUU